GUUUCAUCCCAUUUUAAAUACGAACCACAACAAAACACGCGGAGAUGACAAACAACGAAAAAAACAAUGCUCAGAACCUUUCAGCAGCACUCAAACCAUGCAAAAAACGAAACGAAUGCCGCAACGAGGUGCAGGACGUUCUAUCACGCGAUCUGCACAGCUCGGACAAGAAGAUCAGGCUGAAAGCAUUCUAUGCGCUGUGUAUAGACGCAACGGAGCGCAUGCACGACAUUAUUGAAUAUUUCAUUCAUGUUGGCGAGAAAAUGGCACUGAGAGAGGUAAAUUUCUGUUUGAGGUGCAUGCGCUUGGUGCUCAUGGAGAGAUUGGAGCGAAGAAAUGAUGAGCAGCUCGAGAUGGAGCAGCUGGAAUAUGCGUGUGAGAGCAGCUCUGAGAGUGUGCAGAUGGACACGAGCACUGUGGACAGUUUGUGCACCUCUGAGUAUGAAAUUCGCGUGACAACAACCGCACGAAGAAGACGAGCACCAAAACCGAGCAUAGACCGGUUCAUUUCGUUCUCAGAGCGUGAGCACAGCUACGCACACGUAACGGAGAGAAGAAUACGUUUCAUAGAGAAUGAGCGGGUGAGGCGCGUGCUCAUAGAUCUGAUGGGCAUACGAAAUGCGCAAUACAACGCAUCAAUCAUACUGUGGUACGUGUCAUUCAGCAAAGAGACGGCCAAGCACUACGAGCAGAUCAUUCCGCACCUCCUGCAUUUGCUCAAGAAGAGGGAUUGCGAGAAAAUGGUGAGAACAGCGUUUUUCAUCAUACGCAACCUGCUGAAGAACGGUUUCUUCUUCAGCCUGGUCACGUGCAACGACAUAAUCAAUGACUCUGCGAACAUGAGGUACGAGGAUGAAGAGCUCAAGAUCACGAUCGAACAGGUGGUACGUGUGCUCAAAGGUAGGCUCGUCAAGACAGGUUCAUUCCAAAAUUAUCUCAAGGAACUGUUCAGUGGCAAGCUGGAGCAGACACCUUACCACUUCUCAGAUGUGUUCUGGUCCAUGAAUGUAGGCUCGCUGGUGCAGUACAAGAUCGAGAUAAUUCGAGCACUCAAGAAAUACUUGAAGAGCGGCUGCACACAGAGCAAGUGCGUGGCAGCGAAUGACCUGUACCGGUUUGUAAAGACAUGUCCUGAGGUUGUGCGGGUCGUCGAAAAGUUUGAUCUAAAAGCGGAGCUCUUCAAGCUGUGUGAGAGUACAAACGAUGAUCUGAGGUUCUACGCAUUGCAGAGCCUGAGCGUGUGCAUCUUCCAGGAGUGGCACUGAGAGUUACAUCCGUUAAAUUGCGCUUGUGAAGGAUUUUGAACCGUUUGCGGUUGAGCUACGUGUUUGGUGAUGGUUGCUAUGCGACAGAAGUGGAGCACCCAUUUUUGAACGGUCCUUUGUGCGGCAUUAACCGUGUCUGUGAACAGUCUCUUGACAUUCACGAUCGGUCAUCCACGCUGUGUUGUUUAUGCGUUGUAGCACGUUCUUUUAUACAAAAUCAAAAAUACUUUUUUACGAGAUAUCCUCAUGCAGAUCAAAAAUACUUCUAUAAACGGUUGACUACAGUGCCCCUACGACUCGCGAGUGUGCCACGCACCUUAGGUAAAAAUAAAGCAGAG